AUGUACUCAGCACCAUCUGGGCCACCACAAGCCCCCGAUUUCCAGCAGCCUCGAGCAACAGAUGACCAGCAGCCGAUGGAUAUUGAUGCGCCGUACAGUCAAGAGCAGGGACAUGGAGGUGGUGCGCUCUCAACUGCCCUUGUGCCCUCCUCGAACAGAGAUGCGCUCAGCCUCAUAUUGCCCGAGAUUCUUAACCCAUCCAGCACAAAUACACCAGGUGUUGAGCCAAAUGGCCUGCAAGUGUCGACAACAGCCCGGUCCAAAACACCAAGCUCAAUGGCAACCGCUACCCCGAGUAUGAUUUCUGAAGCUCCAUGCGAUGGCACUAUUAUGGUCAGACGAGGUGCAGUUCUUGCAAAAGCAGAGCCAGAGUCCGUUGGUGGUCAAGCGCCAGAUCCGAACCCGAACAGCCCAGUGGGUUACUUUCCGCCGGUAACCCUGGGCAUGAGCAUAUUGCCAGCCUCUCAUCGACCAGCUAGCUCAAGUUCUCCCGCGGCGACGUACGCUGCCCGACCGGUGAUUUCAACUAUGGACCGAACAGCAGUUGGCACGCAGACACCAGUGUCCAACAUGAUCAAGGUGCCGACCACAUGCUCCAGGACCGAUGAUACUGUGACCACGCAGAUGGAAAUUGACUCCGAGUCAGUUCGUGGACAGAGAUGUGGGCAGGCUUGGCAGUCAAAGGAGUACCAGUUCGUUGAUCUUACGGUUGACGAUGACGGGGACGAGCCUAUGGUUGGGACGACAUUUCUCAGAAUCAAAGGUAAUGGAGGAACAGCGUCCAGCAGUCCAGCAGAGCCCUCGGUCCACGGUCCGCCCGUGACACAGGGCAGAGCAAACCAACAACCUGCUCGUCGCCGUUUUUCACCGUGGCCCGAAGUCAUGGAUGGUCGGAAGACGUUGUUGAAGAAGGCGGGCGUCCCAAAGGAGUCAAGAGCCCGACGUGGCGAUGUCCCAAAGGUCAUUCGAGAGGAUGUAGCCUCCAUGCGAGCUAUCACCGCCGGAGACGAACGCGUCGCUGGACACGCCGGCCGGAUCGAAGAGUUGGAGAAAGCGAUACGCGCCACGGAGAGCGACCCUCGAUAUCACUACGUCGCCGAACUAGACCCUGCACAAGACUUUCAAGGCCUGGUGGUCAGAUACCUGAUCCGGCGGGGCGCUCUCUUGGAGGAAUGGGGUCUCGAAUUACAGGCUGAGAACAGACGGCUGAUGCGCCAGACCGGAGAGAUCAGAGAGUCAGAGCAGAGAGUCCACGUGCGCCCAAUGAGCUCUGAUCGCAGCGGCGGUGAGGACGACCGCUCAGAGCGAGCAGCAGUAGCAGCUCUAGUCAGCCAGAUUCAGAGCCAGCGCGCAACAGCAGCAGGCCAGACGCGCGGGGCGCUGGGGAAGAGAAAGCGCACGGACGAGGAAGAAGACGAGGCCCUGCGGGUCAGACUUGCGAGAUUGAGAGAGUGA